AUGGAAUUCCAACCUCCUUUCAUGGUGAUUGCCUUGUUCCUCUUGUUACUGUUUUGGCUAGCAAGAAUUUACAAGCAGAAAAUCGAAGUGAGGAGUGUGGUUCAAAAGCUUCCCCCAGGUCCAUGGAAGCUUCCUCUAAUAGGGAACCUUCAUCAACUAGCAGGAGCAGGCACACUUCCACACCAUACCCUUAAAAAUCUAUCACACAAAUAUGGACCUCUGAUGCACCUUCAACUGGGUGAAAUUUCUGCUGUGGUUGUGUCAUCCCCUGACAUGGCCAAGGAGAUAAUGAAGACACACGAUCUUAAUUUUGUGCAGCAGCCAGAACUCAUUUGUCCUAAAAUCCUGGCCUAUGGAUCAACCGAUAUUGCCUUUGCUCCAUAUGGUGAUUACUGGAGACAUAUGAGGAAAAUAUGUACGAUAGAGCUUCUUAGCGCCAGAAGGGUUCAAUCUUUCUCCUCCAUUCGGGAAGAUGAGGUGGCUAAGCUCAUAGGAUCCAUUCAAGCGUGUGCAUGCGCAGGUUCACAAGUCAAUGUUUCUAAAAGCUUUUCAUCUUUGGUAAGCACCAUUGUGUCAAGAGCAGCCUUUGGUAAAAAAUCUGAGCAUGAAGACCAACUUUUGUUUUUGCUAAAGCAAGGAGUGGAACUGGCGGGAGGGUUUGAUCUUGUUGAUUUGUUCCCUUCAAUGAAACCUAUUCAUCUCAUAACUGGGAUGAAAGCUAAGUUGGAGAAGAUGCAUGAAGAGCUGGACAAGAUUGUAGACAACAUUAUCAUAAAGCAUGCAUCAAAGCAUGGAAAGGGAGAAGCAGAUGAGAAUCUGGUUGAUGUUCUUUUGCGCGUGCAACAAACUGCUACCAUCGACACCCCAUUAACAAUCAACAACAUCCAAGCCAUCAUAUAUGGGCGGGAGUAA